CUCUUUGCUGCAGCUCAACUCAAGACCGUCGUUCACCUCGUAAAAUAUACGCAAAAUUCCAAAAGUCAAAUAUUGAUAUCUUCCGAAGCUCCCAUCCGGCCUACCUCAACCACUUCCUUGCAUAUGAGACUUAAUUUAUCUCUCAGCCGUUUCUAUUUCAAUUUAUUAGCAGCAGCAGCAGCAGCAGCAGAGAGCAGAGAGAUUGAGAUCGUAAUCUUGUGGUAUGGCGCAGGAGAGAUAUAUCGUUGAGGUGGAGAAAGCAAAGGAAGCGACAGAUGGGAGGCCAUCUAUGGGGCCUGUGUACCGUAGCCUCUUUGCUAAGGAUGGAUUUCCACCUUCGAUCGAGGGUCUUGAUAAUUGCUGGGACAUUUUCCGCAUGUCUGUUGAGAAACAUCCCAAACAACCAAUGCUUGGUCGCCGGGAAAUCAUAGAUGGGAAGCCUGGUAAGUACAUGUGGCAAAGUUAUGAAGAAGUAUAUGACUUGGUGAUGAAGGUUGGAAAUUCCAUCCGCAGUUGUGGUCAUGAGCAAGGUGUAAAAUGUGGUAUUUAUGGUGCCAAUUGCCCAGAGUGGAUUAUAAGCAUGGAGGCCUUGAAUGCUCAUGGACUUUAUUGUGUUCCUUUGUAUGAUACCUUAGGUGCUGGGGCUAUAGAGUUUAUUAUAUGCCAUGCAGAGCUCUCAAUUACAUUUGUAGAAGAAAAGAAGAUUCCUGAGUUAUUGAAGACCUUUCCGACAGCAGCAAAGUAUCUUAGGACACUUGUGAGCUUUGGAAAGGUUACAACUCAACAAAAGCAGGAAGUUGAACAGUUUGGAUCGGCAAUAUAUUCAUGGGCUGAAUUUCUGCAACUGGGUCAUGGUCAGAGUUUUGAUCUUCCUGUGAAAAAAAGAAGCGACAUCUGUACAAUAAUGUAUACCAGUGGAACAACAGGUGAACCCAAGGGAGUGUUAAUAUCCCAUGAGAGCAUUCUUACUUUCUUAGCUGGGGUCAAGCGAGUGUUAGAGAGGGUAAAUGAACGAUUGACUGAGAAGGAUGUAUACAUUUCAUAUCUUCCUCUUGCACAUAUCUUUGAUAGGGUCAUUGAGGAGCUAUUUAUAUGGCAUAGUGCCUCAAUAGGUUUCUGGCGUGGGGAUCCCAAACUAUUAAUUGAAGACAUUGGGGAGUUAAAACCAUCUAUUUUUUGCGCUGUUCCUCGUGUGCUUGAGAGAAUACACUCAGGCUUGACACAGAAGAUUUCUGCGGGAGGCUUCUUAAAGCAGGCAUUGUUUAAUUUUGCAUACUCGUACAAGUUGAAUAACUUGAAGAAAGGUCUAAAGCAUGGGGAUGCAGCUCCACUUUUUGACAAAUUUGUGUUUGAUAAGGUAAAGCAGGGUUUGGGGGGCAAUGUACGUCUUAUUCUCUCUGGAGGAGCACCUCUAUCUGUGCAUGUAGAAACUUUCCUCCGGGUGGUGUCUUGUGCACAUGUCAUACAAGGAUAUGGUUUGACUGAAACCUGUGGAGGAUCCUUUGUCUCGUUACCAAAUGAACAUGCAAUGCUUGGUACGGUGGGCCCUCCUGUGCCAAAUAUAGAUGUGUGUCUACAAUCUGUCCCUGAAAUGGGAUACAAUGCCUUAGCAAGCACACCAAGAGGAGAAAUAUGUCUUAGGGGAAAAACCUUGUUUUCAGGGUACCACAAACGUGAAGACCUCACAAAUGAGGUGUUGAUUGAUGGAUGGUUCCAUACGGGGGAUAUUGGAGAAUGGCAACCUGAUGGAAGCUUGAAAAUUAUUGACCGGAAGAAGAAUAUAUUCAAGCUUUCACAAGGAGAAUAUGUUGCUGUUGAAAACUUGGAGAACAUUUAUAGUCAAGUUUCUGCUGUUGAAUCUAUAUGGGUCUAUGGAAACAGCUUUGAGUCCUUCCUUGUUGCAAUUGUUAACCCUAAGAAAGAAGCACUUGAAGGUUGGGCAGAAGGAAAUGGUAUAACCAAGGACUUCAAUUCUCUGUGUGAAGAUUCUAGGGCAAAAAGUUUCAUGCUUGAAGAGCUCGCGAAGAUUGCCAAAGAAAAGAAGUUGAAGGGUUUUGAGUUUAUAAGAGCAGUUCAUCUUGAUCCUGUGCCAUUUGACAUGGAACGGGACCUUAUCACUCCAACUUUUAAGAAGAAGAGGCCCCAGAUGCUCAAAUACUACCAGAAUGCCAUUGAUAACAUGUACAAAAAUGGAAGUAAACCCAGUUCCUAAGCUCAUGGCAAGACUCAGAUUAUUUGUUGUCUGCAAUUUGAUUGGAGACUUGAUAUAUACUUACUAGUCAGUAUCUUCAUAGUAUUAUUUCCUCGUGCUGACUCUAUAUAUUUUUAUCCAUAUAAAUAAGUUAUGCGCGCCGUGCAUGUAUUCUUAAACUUCCAAAAAAAAAAUGUGGGGAUAGCUUCAAUUUUACUGAAACCUAUGUCUAUUCGUUACGA